AUGGAGCGAGUAAGCACGCCAGUGCCGACAUCCCUGCAAGCGCGCUGCGCAGGGUCCUCGCUAGUUACGGAGCGGAAGUUGGGAAACCCUAACCACGGAGGGUCCUUAAGGGAAGCUAUGGAACGUCUGGAGGAUGGGGUAAGCGGGAUCAGCAGGGGUUUUGUGUGGUGGAGCCAGCUUGACUUACUUCACUUCCAUUCAAGGUCUUUGAAGAAACUCUUUGCUGCCCGUCCCUCCUGCGCCGAUAGCUCCAGCUAUAUUUAUUGCGCUACACUCCCAUCCAUUUCAUUUCUCACAAUCCAUCGUCCAUCUCCAUCCAUCCAUCCCAAACCCCCUCCAGAAGCCACCAUGAAAGACUCACCCCCCACGGGCACCAGCGUCCCUCCACCACCACCACCACCACCACCCUAUCCCGCCGACACCAAGCAUCCCCACCCACACCCACCCGCACUCGCACCCACCCACCCUGCAGCUGACUCUGCCGCCCCAUGGCGCUACUACCUGACCAGUCUCGCCGCCUCCCUCUUCCUCCUCUACCUCGUUCUCCCGUCCACCGUCACCACCACCGCCAGCGCCCUCCUGCCCAGCGCAGAGCCCUACUUCGCCGCAGACCGCUUCCUCGCCUCGCGCCUCGGCUACAAGCUCGUCGCCGACGUCCCGCGCGCGCUGGUCCCCGGCGGGAAGGGCGUUAAGCGUGGUGGUGAGGGACAUGGAAGGGUCAUUAUCAUAGGGGAUGUGCAUGGGAUGUUUCAUGAGUUGGUAAAGCUCCUCGAAAAGACAAACUACGACCCCGAGAACGACUACCUCGUCUUCUCCGGCGACAUGAUCUCCAAAGGCCCCGACUCACUCAAGGUGCUCGACCUCGCACGCAGCUACUCCGCCGGCUGCGUGCGCGGCAACCACGAAGACCGCGUCCUCCUCCACUGGCACGACCUCCAAAAGAAGAAGCGCAAAGCCCGCAAGGGCCGCAAACACCCCGCGCGCACCGCCACCGCCGCCAGCAUCGACGACCUCGAGCUCGAGCCCGCACAGGAGGAGGAAGAGGAAGAGGAGACCGUCGAGGUCGCCGACGACGACACAGACGACGAGUUCACGACGCAGCGCAUCCGCAACGAGCGUAAGCUGGCCAAGAGCUUGAGUAGGAAGCAGGCGGCGUGGCUGGACGCGUGCCCGCUGGUGCUGAGGAUGAAGAAGGUUGCGGAUCUGGGGCAGGUGGAUGUUGUGCAUGCGGGGCUUGUGCAUGGCGUGCAGCUGGAGGACCAGGAUCCCAAGGCGAUCAUGAAUAUGCGCAGUCUUGAUAAGCGGCGGUUGACGCCGCUGCCGGAGGGGGAGAGGGAUGGUGUGCAUUGGGCGGAUGUGUGGAAUCGGGGCGAGAAGGAGAGGAAGGGGGAUGGGGAGGGGCGUACGACUGUUGUGUAUGGGCAUUAUGCGGCGAAGGGGUUGGAUAUUAGAAAGUACUCGAAGGGCCUGGACUCGAACUGCGUGAGAGGUGGCAGGCUGAGUGCGUUUGUGAUUGGGAAGAAGAAGGAGGAGUUGGUGAGUGUGAGCUGUAGGACCUUUCUGAAGGAUUAG